AUGCUCGGCUUACAUUUCCUCAUCCUCUUCCUUCUUCGUGUGCAAUCAACCCACUCCAUCGACUGUGACCUCUGCUUUAGGCCACAACUACUCAGGAGUACUCAGCUGCCACAGCCCUAUUCUAAGGCCCCUUUAAAGUCCUCCAACACCGUGCAACAACCCGUCCUCCAGUCUGGUGAGAUGAUGCGCCUCCUAGUGAACUGUUCCUGCUGCGACAAAACCGCCUCCAUUGCAGAACAUUUCUCCACUCCAGGAGCUCUUUUCUAUCGCAUAUUCACGGAGAACCGAUACUCCACGAUCAUUAGUCGGCAGCCUAAUGUUGAUCCAGUGAUCCGUAGUCGGUUUGAAUCCGCCGGAGAUAUGUCCACCAAAUACGAUGAGUGUCGAAACUAUCCGCUGUGUGCAGUGCUCUACACACCGGUGACAAGCAAUAAUCAAGUCACCAAUUACCUUUUUUGGGUAGAAGCGAACCUAAUUGGUCGUAGUGCAAUUCGAGUGGAACUGGUUUGGAUCAAUGCGACACAGCGUGAACAACCCGACGAUAUUCCUCUUCCCUCAGCACUGGGAGAGAAGGAGAUUCGCAAGCUAAAGAAGAACAACAGGAUUACGAGAAACAAACGCUUCAACUUUCAGGUAGUGAAGCAAGGCAGAGUGGCAGGCACAGUCAACACCACUGCCUCACAUGUCACGGUGUUUUUGAAGCCCCAGCUCUUCUAUACAGUCUUUGAUUGGUCUGUCCUCUUUGUGGCAGGCACAGUUGCACUCUCAGCUGGAUGCAAUACCAAUCCACAGGCAUUUGUGCGUCAACUGAAACGAAAACCUCUGGCGAUUGCAAUAGGACUUGCCAUUCACCUUUUCAUCACUCCGUUGGUAAGAAAUUAUUUCCAUCCAGUACAACUUAGAUGGCAUGACUGUGGAUCGAAAAUAAUGUGA